AAGAGAUCAGCCUCUUCGAGUUUUGUAAAGAAAUGUAUCUCGAAGAUAUGAAUGAACUAAAGAGUCACCGCAAUAGCACAACUGCUGAAAGCUGGAACCCAGGAAAGUCAUAUAAUGAUCCAAUAGUAGAGAGAGAUCGAAGAGUAUCCGAAGCUGUAUAUUCUUUAUAUCAAGAGCGAUGGUUCCAAUGAUCUGUUUGUGGAGCGAGGUUUGAACGACAUCAGAGGCUAGUUGAUCACCAUAAUACUCAUUUUGUUUGUAACAAAACUAGAUAUGGCUUAUCCAAUAUAGGAUGUUUGGGGUUAAAAACGAGAAAGAACUUUAUGUCAAAAUAAAGCAUUUAUUUAUGAAUACAAGACUAAUAGCAAUAUAUACAAUAAACAAAAAGUUCCACUGCGAAGCUUAAAGACUGAGAAAAUACAAGGGGAUUAUUAUCUAGAGGAUCAUGUUUCAUGUGAUGAUUUUGAGGGUGACAAUAAUCAGUGAUUUGUCUGAGAAGAACGUUUCGAGGUUCUGAGAUAUGAUGAAAAUCAAGAAGACUUUUAUAUUGGGGCUACAAAGGUGAAAUUUAAUGAAAAAGAAUGCUACCUUGUUCAUACUAAAAACUGUAUUCCUUUUCUUCAAAAGCAAUGUCUCGUCAACAAAAAUACCAAACCACAAGGACGCCUUUGAACCACCCAAUACUCCUCUACCAACACUUCAGCCCCUUCCAAGCCCUCCAAAUCACUCUCUCCCACUCUACUACCAAAAUCCCCUCAAAGUAGCUCCACCUCCUCCAGCCAAGACUCCUCUAGCGAGCUCAAUAGCGCCGCCUUUCUCCAAGCUCUGACCAAGUCCCAAUAAUUUCUACUUUAAAAUCUGAAAUAAUCUUAAAUAGGCCAAAAUUUAAAACUUUCAACUAAUUUUCUU